AUGUUCUUCUCACCCCGACUCGCCGUCGUCGGCCUGCUGGCAGUAGCCACCUCAGCCUUGACCUUGGAGCCAAGACAGAACGUCGCCCCUGGCCCCGUCUCCGGUGAUACUUUCAUCCACGACCCGACAAUAACUAAAACCCCGAGUGGCACAUAUCUGGCCGCAUUCACGGCCGACGGCGUGGGACUGAAGACGUCCACCGACCGGACCAACUGGAAGGACGCCGGCGCUGCUUUCCCCAACGGUGCGUCAUGGACAACCAAGUACACCAACGGCGAGAAGAACCUCUGGGCGCCUGAUCUGUCGUACCACGACGGCAAAUACUUCCUCUACUACUCCGCCUCGAGCUUCGGAACCAGCAAGUCAGCCAUCUUCCUCGCUACGAGUACCACUGGUGCAUCCGGCUCGUGGACCAAUCAAGGUCUGGUCAUCGAGUCUACGGCGACCAGCGGGUACAAUGCUAUCGACCCCAACCUGAUCAUCGAUGCCGAGGGCAGGUGGUGGAUGUCUUUUGGCUCAUUCUUCGGCGGCCUUAAGAUGGUGGAGCUGUCUAGCAGUACCGGCAAGCUCAAGAACAGCAACAUCAUUUCGAUUGCUACCCGCCCCGACAACUCUGAGAAUGCCAUCGAAGCGCCCUUUAUCACCCGCAGCGGCAACUACUACUACCUUUGGGUCUCUUUCGACCGCUGCUGCAAGGGCGCUGAUUCUACCUACCGCAUCAUGGUCGGCCGCUCUACCAGUGUCACUGGCCCCUACGUUGAUAAGGAUGGCAAGCAGAUGAUGCAGGGCGGAGGCACUCGGGUCAUGUCCAGCCACGGCUCCGUUCACGGACCCGGCCACAACGCCGUGUUCACCGACAACGACGCCGACGUCCUGGUCUACCACUACUACAACGAUGCCGGCACUGCGCAGCUCGGCCUCAACCUCAUCCGCUACAGCAGCGGCUGGCCGGUCGUGUACUAA